AUGUCUUUCACGCAGUCCGCAUUGUACACCGCGAAUCCAGCCACAGCGCGUGGCGUGUCGACCAAACUCGCAGCAUCAAAGGAGAAGAUCGUAUAUACCAACGGCCGAGCUGUAUUCGUGCGUGCACAGCGCUGUAUUACUAAUCCAGGACUUGGUGUGGCGUACACCGGACAUACCCACAAUACCACUGUGGCCCGGAUAUCACCCACUGGAUACUACUGUGCCUCUGCAGAUGUCACUGGAACAGUGCGAGUAUGGGAUACUGUCGGAGAAGAUCAGACUCUCAAAGGAUCAUACAAAGUCAUCGGUGGUCGCAUUAACGAUCUGGAAUGGGAUGGAGAAAGCAAACGUAUCAUUGCCGUUGGAGACGGUCGAGAGAAAUUCGGACACGCUUUCAUGUUCGACACUGGGACAACAACUGGAGAAAUUAUCGGCCAUUCUAAGACUAUAAACGCAGUGGCCAUCCGGCAUCAAAGACCAUUCCGCGCAGCUACAGCCGCGGACGACAACUUAAUCGUCUUCCAUCAAGGCGUACCCUACAAGUACGACAAGACAAUCAAAACCCACACCAAAUUCGUCCAAGACCUUCGCUUCUCUCCCUCUGGUGACCACUUCGCCAGUGUCGGCUCCGACGGUAAAGUUUUCCUCUACGAAGGAAAAGCAGGAGAUGUACUCGGAGAGUUCGAGGAGGGACACAAAGGCACAGCCUACGCUGUUGGAUGGAGCCCUGACUCUAAAGCUAUCUCGACGUCCUCCGCCGAUGGAACAGUCAAGCUUUGGGACAUCGAGACGCGCAAAGCUACUACGACAUAUACUCUUGGAUCAGGCCUCGAAUCACAACAAGUCGGAAACGUAUGGAGUGCCCCAGACACAAUCGUCUCGCUCUCUUUCACUGGAGAAUUGAAUGUAUUUGAUAGGAGGACGGCCGAGAAACCGGUGAAAGUUCUCUACGGCCCUCAAAAAGCCGUAACGUCAGCGGCCCCUACAUCCUCUUCAACAUUCAUGGUCGGAACAGCGGAUGGCCGUAUCCUCUCAUACGACGCUGCAGGCGAAGCGAAACCCCUUGGUGGACAAGGCCACACGAAUCUCGUCGCUGCGAUUACCAAGGCUGAGAGCGGGAAGGUCUAUUCUGCUGGAUUUGAUGAUAGGCUGAGGGAGGUCGAGGGGGAGAAGUUCACAGCUGCCUCCGCGCCCACAGGCUCCCAACCAAAAUCGAUCGCCGCUGCAUCAGACGGCACGGUCUUUGUCGUUGGAGCUGCCGACAGCGUGAGGGCAGUGAGGGAUAAUCAAGCCGUCGCAGAAGUCAAAGUGAAGGGCAAUCCGAGUGCUGUCUCUGCGAGUGGGAGUUUCGUCGCCGUUGGGACCGAGGACCAGAAAGUGCGCCUCUUUGACUGGGACGGCAGUGCCUUGAAGGAGAUCGUGUUGCUGGAGGGAAAUAAAGGCGUCGUCAGUGCACUUGCCUUUUCGCCAGACGGUUCAAAAUUAGCUGCUGGUGACUCAAGCGGAAAAAUCGUGUUGUACGAUGCUAAAGAACAUAAGGCAAUAACCUCCCGCUGGUCCUUCCACUCCGCACGAAUUCACUCCCUCGCAUGGACUUCCGAUUCCCUCCACUGCGCCUCCGGCUCCCUCGACACCCACAUCUACGUCUGGAGCGUCGAGAAGCCAGUAAAGAACAUCGCGAUCAAAAACGCGGUCAGUGGCGGUGUCAACGCUGUGUUUUGGUUGGGCGAGAGUGAGGGUGGGAAGGGCAAGGUGGUUGGGGCGGGGGCGGAGGGGUCUGUCAAGGUUUGGGAGGUUAAGUUUCAUCAAUGAGGUUGCGUGAAGUGUGUCUGAGAUGUGCAACCUAAAGGUGUGGACCAGGGAAGUACAAAACCGAAGAAUAUACAAUGAUGAACGUGCGAGGAGGAAUAAGGAUGUAUGGUCGGAUGCUAUCGUGUUGUACAGUUACCUUGCUUGAAAGGUCCAUCCCACCCUCGUAAUUGCACUCGAAAACGAUCCCCCACACAAACAUACGUAAACAAUGAUGUGUGGCGACGUCGCCUGUCGUUGCCACACUGCUUUUCGC